AAGCAGUAGUUAGCUAGCUAAUAUCUUUUUCUACUUUUUUGGCCUUUCAGUCAUUGAUGCUAACAUGAUUAUCUAGAUAUUUAACAUAAUUAGAUAGCUAGCUGUCUACAAAGGAUCAUUAAGGGCCGGGAGCAAGUGAGCAAGCUGCUGCAACAACAUCCACCGGACAGAGCGAUUUGAUCUGGCCGCAUCCCUUUUUACUCAGCAAGGCUUGCUAAUGUUAUCUAUAAUGUUAACAAGGCAUUUUAAAUCAUGGAUGUACAGCCGUUACCUAGAACUACUGGAGAAGCAGAGUUUCCUGGAAAGCAGCAUGACCUGAUCGUUCCAGAGGUCUUUCAGAAGAGGUGGCAGAAGAGAGAGGUUGACCGGAAGAUGCCAAGAAGAAAACAACAGAAUCCUCAAUCUGUCAAGUUGGAUUCUGAAGAUGGUGUAGUAACCAUUGGAGCUCCAGGAAUCCUCACCUUGGAGGCAGAUUUCCUUCUGGGACACGACCUUGAGUUUUGUGACUCGGACCAUGACAAGAUCCUAGGCCUGGACGACAAGUACUCAGACUCUGUAGCAGCUGAGAUCUCUGUGUACCCUCUGGGUGAUGAGGAGAGUUGUGCCUUCAGCAGUCUCAGUAUGGCGAGGCAGUGUGACCAGGAGCAGGGCCCUGAGUCCCAGCCUGACCACGAACCCCCCUACCUGUCCUGCCGGGGCUGUGGCCUGGACCUAGUGGGACCCUACUGUCACCGCUGCUGCAAGGGAGAAAGGGGGGAAUUCAGAGGCUUUCGCUCCGGUUCGCCAUCACAAGCGGACGAUAGCGAGGAGGGAGGCGGGAUGGACGGCGCUGAUGGAACGGACGAUAACUCCAUAAUGGGUGACGACGGUCCUUCCUCCAAGCGCCACUCCUGCCAGUUGUGUGGGUUCUCCUCACGCUAUGCCAACCACGUCAAGAGGCACAUGAAGACUCACAACGGGGAGAAGCCGUACCGCUGUCCCCUGUGUACCUACGCCUCCGCCCAGCUGGUCAAUCUGCAGAGACACCUGAGGAUUCACACUGGGGAGAAACCAUACAGCUGUGACUCCUGCUCCUUCGCCUGCAGUUCCCUAGGCAACCUGAAAAGGCAUCAGAGGAUGCAUGUGGUGGGACAGGAAGCAGUCAGACCUGCUAGUGGACCUCCUAUUGGUCCCUCUGCAGGUGGGUAUGGUCUGAAGAGGCACCGGGAGGAGGAGCCUAGUGCUCCAGCUGAAGAAGCCCUAAGGCCUGACCUGAACCUCCAUGUAGGAGGCCAUAACAGAGACUACUUGUCAUGCUCUGAUGGACUGAGGGUUCCCCCACCAACACCAGAACUCCCUGAGCACCAGCCCUCAAGACUUCUGGAGGCGCCUGGCUGUGGACCUGGGGCUGAGUCCGGGGGUAGGGUUGGGGCUGUGGUGGGAGUGAAGUCCGAGGACAGAGAUUCGCUCCCUCUCCCUUUCCUCUUCACCUGUCGUCUCUGUGGUAUCCCCAUUGAGGACGAGGACGGCUCCACCACCCAGAUCUGUGCCAAGUGCACCCUGGACAUGCUGAACAAGGACUCAUCUGGCCCCAACAGCCCCGGGGAGCGUGGGGACAAGGUCUACACCUGCAGCGCCUGUCCCUUCCUCACCCACUACCCCAACCACCUGGCGCGACACAUGAAGACGCACAGCGGAGAGAAGCCGUACAAGUGCCCUCAGUGCGACUACGCCUCCGCCCACUUCGACAACCUGAAACGCCACCACCGCGUGCACACGGGCGAGAAGCCGUACAAGUGCCACCUGUGUGACUACGCCUGUGGGAACCUGGCUAACUUAAAACGCCACCAGCGGGUCCACUCGGGCGCCAAGCCGUUCCAGUGCACAGUGUGUAGCUACAGCUGUAAUCAGAGUAUGAAUCUGAAGAGACACAUGCUGAGACACACGGGAGAGAAGCCUUAUAAGUGCCAGCAGUGUGGAUACACCACGGGACACUGGGACAACUACAAACGACACCAGAAGAAACACGGCCUCGCCACCGACGGAUGGGUCAAAGUUCAGAUGCCAGGUGCCCAUGAGGAGGAGGAAGAAGAGAGGGAGGUGGGACAGCCACAGAGUAAAGAAGGAGAGUUGGUGAUGCAGUAUAUGUCCAGAUGAGGAAGAGCUGGGCCGUACAUUAACAUACAGUAUAUGUCCAGAUAAGGAGAGGGAGAGCUGGGACAUACAUUAACAUGUAAAUAAAAGAUAAAUCCUAGAUUGUUUUGUUAUUUUGUCAACGAUCUUCGGCGGCUGCUAUGUAGAAUCAUGCAAAAUAUAAAAUGAUUGAUUAUUCUUAUGUUUCUAUUCCUUUGGACACAGAGUUGGAUGGAGGAAGCUAUUUAGAUUGUUGCCAGACAAAUGGACUAGGGAGGAAUGUUCUACUUUAACGUUCCCCUAAAGCCCAAAACGCUGCCUGCAUUCUCCAUCAUAUGCUGUUUUCUUACACACACCAACUGUGCCCUACAGCGCCUCCAAACAUCAUUGCACAUUAUGACUUCAACCACUAUUUGACCUCUUCUUACAGAUGUAGGACCUUCAUUUGAACCAGUUUUGCUACAGCAGGAAAAUAAUCCUGCUGCAACAGGAAAUGUUGAUUAUAAUGAAUGGACAUUUUUCUAGGGGUUUAUACAUUUUUCUUCAGGGCAAAUCAAGUCUGAAAUUAAACUUUAGAAGCUUAAAAAAAAAAAAAUCAUACACUACAAAUUAGCUUGGAAAAUUGUCAGCAACAAAAGUAAUCAAAUUAAGAUCCUACAUCUGUACCAGUCUAGUCUGCUAUUCCAACCUCUCUACUGUCCACUUCAUCUUCCAUAGCUCCUCCCUGCUCUCCUCCUCAACCCCUUAUCCUUAUAUCUCCAUUACAACCUGGGGCGUGUUCAGCAGGACACAGCGUUUUGGAACGUUCAGAUAGAAAUAUGCUAUGUAGAACAAUUUAAUGUCUGCUCUUUUCAUGGUAUUUCUAUCUGCUACGUUUCAAAACAUCUGGCUACUGAACCUGGCCUCGUUGAGAAAGGCCCUCGGACGGAGAGUAUGCACUUAGCCUGAUCCCAGAUCUGUUCCUACUCUCUUGCUGACCAACUGCUGUCAAUGACCAUAGGUGUUGGCAAGACUGUACAAACAGAUCUGGGACCAGAGGGGUAUACUAUAAAGUAGGAUCAACGAGUUAGCCAGAGAACUAAACUUAGAUAUACUACAUGACCAAAAGUAUGUGGACACCUGCUCGUUGAACAUCUCAUUCCCAAAUCAUGGGCAUUAAUAUGGAGUUGGUCCCCCCCCUUUGCUGCUGUAACAGCCUCCACGCUUCUGAGAAGGCUUUCCACUAGAUGUUGCUGCGGGGACUUGCUUCCAUUCAGCCACAAGAGCAUUAGUGAGGUCGGGCACUGAUGUUGGGCGAUUAGGCCUGGCUCGUAGUCGGCGUUCCAAUUCAUCCCAAAGGUGUUCGAUAGGGUUGAGGUCAGGGCUCUGUGCAGGCCAGUCAAGUUCUUCCACAUCGAUCUCAACAAACUAUUUCUGUAUGGACCUCGCUUUGUGCAUGGGGCAUUGUCAUGCUGAAACAGGAAAGGGCAUUCCCCAAACUGUCACAAAGAUGGAAGCACGGAAUCGUGUAGAAUGUCAUUGUAUGCUGUAGCAUUAAGAUUUCCCUUCACUGGAACGAAGGGGCCCGAACCAUGAAAAACAGCCCCAGACCAUUAUUCCUCCUCCACCAAACUUUACAUUAGGGCAGGUAGCGUUCUCCUGGCAUCCACCAAACCCAGAUUUGUCCUUCGGACUGCCAGAUGGUGAAGCGUGAUUCGUCACCCCCAGAGAACGCAUUUCCACUGCUCCUGAGUCCACUCCUGACGAAGCUUGGCAUUGCGCAUAGUGAUCUUAGGCUUGUGCGUGGCUGCUUGGCUAUGGAAACCCAUUUCAUGAAGCUCCCAAUGAACAGUUAUUGUGCUGACGUUGCUUCCAGAGGAAGUUUGGAACUCGGUAGUGAAUGUUGCAACCGUGGACAGAUGAUGUUUAAGCGCCUCGCCACUCGGCGGUCCUGUUUUGUGAGCAUGUGUGGCCUACCACUUUGCGGCUGAGCCGUUGCUGAUCCAAAACGUUUCUGGUUCACAAUAACAGCACUUACAGUUGACCGGGACAGCUCUAGCAGGGCAAAAAUUUGAACUGACUUGUUGGAAAGGUGGCAUCCUAUGACAGUGCCACGUUGAAAGUCACUGAGCUCUUCAGUACAGGUCAUUCUACUGCCACGGUUUGUCUAUGGAGAUUGCAUGGCUGUGUGCUUGAUUUUAUACAGCUGUCAGCAACAGCGUGGCUGAAAUAGCCGAAUCCACUCAUUUGAAGGAGUGUCCACAUACUUUGUGUAUAUAUGUAUGUGUGUGUAUGUGUAUGUAUGUAUGUAUGUAUGUAUGUAUGUAUGUAUGUAUAUAUAUAUAUAUAUAUAUAUAAUUAUUUUUUGGGUUGUUGAGUCAGAGUAGACUAUUCCCAUUUCAAGUUGAACUUUCCAAAAAAAUACAAAUACACAAUUUUCAGAAUAUUUAAGCAAAGUUGUAGUAUACCCCUCAGGCUAGUGUAGUGUAUUGCUGUGGAAACGCUCACUGUGUUCAUAUUAACUGUGAAGCCCAUUUGUUAUGUCUUUCUGUUUGUUUCUACUUGAAGAAGCAAGUAUGCUUCCCAAAUGCACCCUAUUUCCUAUGGGCCCUGGUCUAAAGUAGUGCACUACAUAAGGAAUAGGGUGCCAUAGGGCCCUAGUCUAAAGUAGUGCCCUAUAACUGGAAUAGGGUGCCAAAGGGGAUGUAAAACCCAAGACGACGUGAGGUAAAGUGUCAACUGAAUAUAUAUAUAUAUAUAUAUAUAUAUAUAUAUAUAUAGCGUUUAUUUUGUUUAUGUGACUAUCCUCAAUAGAAGUGCAUUCUUAUUUUUUUUAUAACUUUAUUUCCCCCCUUUAUCUUGAACCAUGUGUGACGUGCCAUUAAGCUUGUUAUACGGGAGAAAUAUACACAAAAUGACCAUGAACUUUACGUCUUAUCAAGUCAAUUUGUUACUAUAUGCAGUAAAACAAAUAUCAGGUUGUAACGAAAUGGAUAAUCUGAAAUGCAUUGAUUAGUCUAGCCUGGAGUGCCCCACAUUUCGUGUGAUGGGUUUGGGGUCCAUUUCAGUCAUUUCGGAAGUAAACGGAUUCAAAGGGAUAACUGGAAUUUCACUUUCAAUUUGAAAUGGAAUUCAUCCCAACCCUGGCAGAAUGUCUUUUUCUUUCUCACUGUGUGUGAGACGUCUUGUAUGGAAGCUUUAAGACAGGCGUGUGUGUGUGUGUGGCGCGCUUAAGGCUAUGUCCAGCCCUACCCAUCUACGGUCCAAGUGUAACUCUCUUGUUCUGAUGGUUUCAUAAUUGCCUUAAGUAUUUUGAAAUAAACACUUUGUGUUCACUCA